AUGCUGGGCCGGGAAGCAAGGCUCCCCCACGAGCUGAACAGCCACCACCAGCUGAACCAGUCCUGCCAGGAGGCUGUGCCCCUGCGGCCCAGAGCGUGCAAGGAGAGCGAUGUCAGCCUGGAGGUGCUCAGCGGCUCGGUGCCCGAGGCCAGGCCAGGCCGCAGGGCACAGCAGGCGCGGGGCAGGAGGAGCCGCAGGGCCGAGCCCAAGGAGCCCAGGGGCAGGGAGGCAGAGACCAUCACCUUCAUCUCGGGCACGGCUGAGGCUCCCCCCAGCCAGAGCUCCUGCUGCUCCUCGCUGUCCCAGGCCUGGAACACCUACAAGGCUGUGUUCUGCUGCAUCGUGACCUGUGGGAGCUGCUUCCAGGACUGCAGUGUCUGCAUCCCCUACCCAGGGCCCGCCGAGACCCCCACCGACGAGGGCAAGAAGGGAGACUACAACGGGCGGCUGGCGAACAGCCCCAGCGGCGCCGCUGCUGCCGAGAAGAACGGCAACCAGAUCAAAAAGUCCAGCGUGGGCAGCAGCUUCAGCUACCCAGACGUGAAACUGAAGGGCAUUCCUGUUUACCCCAACAGGAGCCCCAGCCACCAGCCGGAGGAUUCCUGCUGCAAGGAGCAGCUGGCGGAGAAGGCCUCCAGGAGCAGCAUGGAGAAGGCAGCGCUGCCCAGCAGCCCCCGCAGCUCCGAGGAGUAUUACUCCUUCCACGAGUCCGACCUGGACAUCAGCGAGCUGAACGGCUCCAUGUCCAGCAGGCAGAUCGAUGUCCUCAUCUUCAGGAAGCUGACGGAGCUCUUCAGCGUGCACCAGAUCGACGAGCUGGCCAAGUGCACCUCCGACACUGUCUUCCUGGAGAAGACCAACAAGAUCUCAGACCUCAUCAACAGCAUCACGCAGGACUACAACCUGGACGAGCAGGACGCUGAGUGCAGGCUGGUGCGAGGCAUCAUCCGCAUCAGCACGCGCAAGAGCAGGGUCCGGCCGCACCUCCCUGCCCCUGCCGCCCACGGCCACCCGGAGAAGGCCAGCAGGGGCCCCGCACCCGACAGCGGCACCGAGACCAUGCUGGAGUCCAUGCUCCUCAGCCAAGAUGAUUUGGCUGUGCAGAUAUCAGAGGAGACCCCAGCAGAUGUGCUGGCCAGGAACAUGAGGAGGCACAGCAGUGCAGGUUCUCCCAGCAGAGAUUCCUCUUUCCAGGACACAGAGACUGACUCGUCUGGGGCACCUCUGCUUCAGGUCUAUUGUUAA